ACUCGGCUUUCCCCGAUUCCUCUCGGGGGGCGUGCCAGCCCCCUGACUCGGCAUUCCUCUGCCCCAGCUGCUCCUCCUCCUCCUCGUCCUCCUCUGCGCCCACCUGCCCGCCAGCUGCUCCCCGGCUCGCGGCCUCCCUGUUUUAUGCUGUGCAGGGGGAUCGCCAGCGCCCAUGAGGGAGUACAAAGUCGUGGUUUUAGGGAGUGGGGGGGUGGGCAAGUCGGCUUUGACCGUGCAGUUUGUCACCGGGACGUUCAUUGAGAAGUACGACCCCACCAUCGAAGACUUCUACCGCAAGGAGAUUGAAGUGGACUGCUCCCCAUCCGUACUUGAAAUCUUGGAUACCGCAGGGACGGAACAGUUUGCUUCCAUGCGUGAUCUCUACAUUAAAAAUGGCCAAGGCUUCAUCCUAGUUUACAGUUUGGUGAACCAACAAUCUUUCCAGGACAUCAAGCCAAUGAGGGACCAAAUUGUCCGUGUAAAGAGAUACGAGAAGGUUCCUCUCAUCCUGGUGGGGAAUAAAGUGGAUCUGGAGUCGGAAAGGGAGGUUUUGUCGGCGGAAGGUCGCGCUCUGGCCCAGGAGUGGGGCUGCCCAUUCAUGGAGACAUCUGCCAAGAGCAAGACCAUGGUGGAUGAACUCUUUGCAGAGAUCGUGAGGCAAAUGAACUAUGCAUCCCUGCCUGAAAAGCAAGACCAGUGUUGUACAACUUGUAUUGUCCAGUGAAAAAGAGAAAGCAGAACCUCAAUCAUGGCCAUACCAAGCAG